UCUUGCUUGUAUGUUCUCGCGGUAACGCUUAGCUUCGUACACCAUUAGCUUCCCUUAGCCAACGCCGUCGUUUUUCAGCUUUUUGUGUCCACCUGGCCACCGCGAACCGGGAGUGACACGCCGAAGGCCGAGCGGCUUUUAUUCCUACAUUUGUUACCAGGCCGCCGAGGGGAGCGGGACCAUGCCGCACAACUUUCAGCCUGGAGACCUGGUCUUCGCCAAAAUGAAGGGCUACCCCCAUUGGCCAGCCAGGAUUGAAGACGUGGCUGAUGGUGCAGUGAAGCCUCCACCGAAUAAAAUACCAAUUUUCUUCUUUGGGACUCACGAAACUGCAUUCCUGGCAGCCAAGGACCUUUUUGCCUAUGAAAAGUACAGCGAUCGCUAUGGAAAGCCCAACAAAAGGAAAGGCUUCAAUGAAGGCUUAUGGGAGAUCCAGAACAAUCCACAUGCCUCCUACAGUGCUCCACCUGUGCCCGCCAGCUCGUCCGACAGCGAGGGCAACAAUGCCGGCGGAGGAAGUGACGAAGAUGAGGACGAAGAUGAAGCUCCCGUACCCAGAAAGGCGGAGUCGGCAAGCGAAGUGGACUCUGAUUCCGCCAGUGAAGACCGAGGAAGGGGAAGAGGGGUGAAGAGGAAGCCGCCAGCUAGUAAGCGUCCACCUCCCCCCAAAAAGGCUCGUCCCUCGUCCAGCGACAGAGACGAGGAAAGUGGAUCUCCGUCAGAGUCAGAAGCCACCCCUUCAGAGUCGGAGUCUGGCAAAAACAGCGACCAGGAUUUUACUCCAGAGAAGAAAGCAACUGGGCGAGGUGGAAAGAAAGCAGCAGCAGCAGCAGCAGCAGGCAGAGGGAAGAAAAAGAAAGAUUCAUCCAACUCUGAUUCAGACUCAGAAUCCGGUUCCGAGAAGAAGGCGUCAGACAGCGAGUCGGAGGAUGAAAAGCCCCGACCGGCUGUGUCCGGUUCAGAGUCUCAGUCCGGCUCCAAGUCUGACUCGGAAUCUGACCCGCCUCCACGGAAGGCUCCACCGGCACGCAAAAAAGCUGCAGAGAAAGCCGCGCCAAAGCCUCGUGCACGGAAACCUAAAGCUCCGCCUCCAAAACCAGCAGCAUCAUCGUCAUCAGACAGUGACAGCGACAGUGAGCCGGACCGCAUCAGCGAGUGGAAGAAACGAGAUGAGGAGCGGCGGAGGGAGCUAGAGGAGCGACGGAAAAAGGAGGAGGCCGAGGAGCUUCGGCGGCUACGUGAGCGCGAAAAGGAGGAGGAUGAGAAGCGGAGAAGAGAGAAAGAGGUAAAAAAGGACAGUGACAGCAGCAGCUCGGAUGAAGGCGUCGACGAUCACCCGCUGAAGAGGUCCAAGAAACCCCCGCCACCCCCGAUCCCGGCGCCAUCUGACUCCGACUCUCCAUCACCAGCUGAGAAAUCAGCCAAGAAGUCAGACAACCAAAACAAAGCCCGACGAAAGAAGGCAAAGGAAAGAAAGGAGAACGAGCUCAAAGAGAAGAAAGCCAGACGGUCCGAGGAGAAGUCCAGAGCCAGGUGCAAGCCAGAAAAACCCAAACACAAAUCAGAGAGGCCUCCGCAGAAGAAAGUAGAAAAGAAAAAAGAACUGUCACCAGAGGAAAAACUUCAGAAACUCCACACAGACAUCAAGUUUGCCCUCAAAGUGGACAACCCCGACAUCGAGCGGUGUCUACAAGCCCUGGAAGAGCUGGAAGCUGUGCCCGUUACCAGCCAGAUCCUCCACAAGAACGCAGACGUCAUCGCCACGCUUAAAAAGAUUCGGCGGUAUAAAGCCAGUUCCGCAGUCAUGGAGAAGGCCAGUGAAGUGUACAACAAGUUAAAACUUCGCUUUGUUGGCAAAGCAGAAACGGCAGCUAAACUGAAAACGGACAAGGAAGGAGAGAACAAUGAGAAGGAGACACAAGACAUAGACUCUACUGCUGUGAACGGAGAAUCGCAAGAGAAAAAAGGUGAAGAUGGAGAGGAAAAAACAGCCAAAGCUGACAGCAACGACCACACCAAUUCAAGUCCAAUCAGGCGGAGCCCAGACAGCCCAGAGCAGACCGAUGAAUACACCCAAGCAAACAACAACAAUAUUUCUGCAGAGAUGGAGGCAUCCCCUGCUGAAAGUUAAGCAAAAUACCCCCCUUAACAACCACUGCAGUGGACCAAGUGCUAAAGAUGGAGGACAGCCAGGAGCCAACAACACUGCAACACAAUCACCACCGCCUGCUAUACGUUAGUGUCCAUAAUCUGGACAUUUUCAACUAUUCACACUGUCAAUAGAUACUUUUUUUUUUUUUCCCAGGUUUUGUCAGUGCAGAAAAUAAAUAUUACUAUUGUGAUAGAUUGUGCUGCACACGCCAUAUCUUUAAAGGGGAAAUAAUCCCACAAUUGUUUUGGGCAGUAAUACAUAUGUGCCACCACAAAUCAAAACAUGGUAUUCUGGUUAAUAUUGCAUUCGUGGAAUAAGAAUUAAAUAUAAUAUUUCAUCAAUCUCCAGGAACCUCAGGGUGUUGCCAUUUUAGGCAAUGUCACCCUCUGCUGGCGACCGAAAUUAGCGUCACAAUUACCCCCUCGAACAUUGCAUACGUCACGUGACCAAACCGAUAAAACAGGUUCGCAGAUUCUGUGUGUAUGCUGCGAGUAGCUGACAUGAUAGUUUGACCCUGAACUUGCUACAAUGUUUUCAAACUAUUAUGUGAGCAAACUCCAGCAUACACAGGGAAUCUGCUAACAACUGGUUCGCAGACUCCCUUUGUAUGCUUCCGUCACUUAACGUAUGCAACCAUCGCAAGGAAAUUGACCGCACACCUACCCCCUCAUGUGACCAAACCCGGAAUUAUACACAGGGAGUCUGCAAAUCUAUUUUCCAGGUUUGGUCAAAUGAGGUAUGUAACCAUCGCGGGUGUAGUUGUGAUAUUAGUUUUUGGUCACUAGCAAAGGAUGAUAUUGCCUAAAAUGGCUACGCCCUGAGAUACCUGGAAAUUGAUGAAUUAUUCUGUUUAAUUCUUAUUCCAUGAACGCAAUAUCAAAACGAAUUCCGUGUUUUGAUUAGUGGUAUUCUUUCAAAAAAAUAAUUGUGUUCACUUCCCCUUUAAGUUGCAGAAAUGUCUUCUCUUAUAUGACUUGGUCCUGUUUUGUUAUUGUUCUUUUUUUACCUCUGUCAUACUGUACGCAUAUAGGAUUAAUACAUGCACUUGUGAACUCAGAAUGGGCUGCCGAAGAUAUGCUUUAUGAAUUUUGAAUCUUGAUGAAUUUUUCACUUUGAUGCCCGGAUGUCUGUCGGCUUCCUUCCUUUUUUUUUUUUUUUUUUUAAUAAUAUAUAUAUAUAUAAAUGCUACAAAACAUCACAACGAGCACCUGUUUGUAUUUGACAUUUUGAGAGUGGUGAACUUGUCUUAAGUUUUUUUUUUUUUUUUUUUUUUAAAUGUGUAAGGCAAAUAAAUUAGUGAACAGGUCCACUGACUUCUAGCUUUGUUUUCACAUAUAUGCUAAAAAGAAUUCUGUGGCAUUACACACACACGCAUUGUCUCGCUGUAAUGUCUGCUUCUGAUAACCUGCGUGAUGAUGUCAUAAUUGCCCGCCAAAAAGUGUGGAGAUCUCAUGUAGCUGCCUACUGAAAUUAAAUCAUUCAACAAUAAACAGUAAAAAUGGCAGAUGGUAUAUGUAAGCAUUGGAUCUCCUCCUUAGU